CACAAGAGAGGCCCUUUCCGCUGCUUUUUCUUCAUCCCUAAUGAUCCUGGCAACCUCUUUCCCUCUCUUUUCCCAGAAUCGAAGUCUUUUCGGCCACUAAUAACUGAGSAACGAUGCUGGAGGCCGGUGGCUCCCAAGACAGGGAGCCGAAGCCUUUGCUACAAAGCCUUCAAUCUCUCUGGGAAACGCGAAACAUGGAGAAGCUGAAGCAGGAGAUGGAAGUGGGCUUCUCAGCCCUGGAGGACCCCUGGACCUGGCUGCUGGAGGUGCUGGAAACCUGCAGCGGAUGGAGGGGCAAGGGGCGAAGCCUGGGCACCUUCCUGGUCAAAGGUCUGCAGGAGUGGCUCAUGAAGAACCCGGAAGGACAGCCGUCCGGCUUGAAGCUGAGGAAGCUGCAGGCCCGCCUCUUCCCCCUCCUGGCCCAGUGCCAGGGAAACCUGCUGGACCCCCUGAUAGGCAUCUAUCAGCUCCACGCUGCCGACCGGAACUUCUUGCUGGGCCAAGUCAACCAUCUUUACUACAAGGACAAGUUCAAGGAGGCAGCCGUUUUAGGCAUAAAACUCAAGCUGCAGCCGGACCUGGAGUUGGAGAAGAUGUGUGUCCCGCUGCUGUUCCAGGACCGGAUGGACCUGGUGGAGGCCUUUGUAGAGAACCACCCGGACCUCCAGCAGCAGCUGCUCCGGUUCCUGGACACGUGGUUCGCCCCUGACUUCCAGGUCAAAGAGGUCACCAGGGAGUUUCCCAGCCUGAAACCAGAGAAGAUCAACCACCGGCUCCUAAACAGGACAAUGUUCCGGUUGCUGGACAAGUUCCAGCUGGACCCAGCUCUUUGUCCCAAUGUGGUCAACCAGAAGCACCUGAGCACCCUCAAGUACCUGCUCUACAAGAGAUUUGUGGAGAAAACCAUGACGGAGGAGAACUGGACUGACCACGUCCAGCUCACUGUCCAGGGGAACCAGUGGCUGCAGGAGCAGCUGGUCCACCUCCUGGUCCACCACGGAGGGUUGGAGGUGGCCGCCAGGUGGGCCAUGCACUAUGGCCUCCCCAAGGAGAGGCUCCCUCGCUGCGUCCCAGAGAUGAUGGAGAGGCUCGGGCAGCAGGAGAGGACGCAUGGAUCCAAACAGCCCCAGAGAGCAGGAGGCUUUCGCACACCUUUCCCAAAUAUUGCCAUUGGGGCUUGCACAAAUAUUGACCAUCUGGUGAGCACACAGGCCCUCCGGGCGGCAUGUGUUUGUCUUGCCCCGGGACACCAUCAUGCUGGUCACACGCUCCCCACCAAGCCCACUGGCCAGUGUUUUCCCAAAGAGGAGGACACUCCAGAGGAGAUAAGAAGCCCUGGCAAAGGCAAGAGGAAGGCUCACUGCUAUCACCUCCCUCUUCCCAUGGAGCAAAUCCUGGUCUUAUCUACCUGGGAAGCGCUGGAGGAACACAAGGAGUGCCUCCUAAAGGCCGGCCAGAUCGUGGGGCUGGACAUGGAGUGGCGCCCCUCCUUCGGGAGCGUGGGGGCCAAGCCCCGCAUCUCCCUGGUCCAGCUGGCCAUCCCUGGCCGUGUCUUCCUGUUGGACAUGUUGGCCCUUCUUCAGCCAGGAGGGGCCCAGGAAGAGGAAGAAGCCCUCACCCAGUUCUUCCGGGAGAUCUUUGCAAAUCCCAACAUCAUCAAGCUGGGUUAUGGGAUGCAGGGUGACUUUUCCCAGCUGGGGAAGAUCCUACCCACCUUCCAAGCUAUGGAGAAGCAGCUGUGCAGCUUCCUGGACCUGCUGGUGAUCCAGAAAGAGAUCCGGAAGGACUCCCCUGGUGACUUGCAGAAGGUGGAUUCUGGGCCAAAGGCCAGAGGUCGCAGGGCGCGUGGCCUGGCGGAGCGUGGCCUGAGCCUGCUGGUGCAGGAGGUCCUGGGCCGUCCGCUGGACAAAGCAGAGCAGCUCUCCAACUGGGAGAAGAGACCCCUCCGGGAGGAGCAGCUCCUCUACGCAGCCUCGGAUGCCUACUGCUUGCUGGAGGUUUAUGCCAAAUUGCUCAAGGACCCUUCCUCUUUUGGACUGAGUCCCGAGACGUUGGCCUUACUAAUAAUGAGAACAGAAAAUGCGGAGGUUAAGGAGUCCGGCGGUCAGCUAGACGUCGCAGAGGGCUCUCCUCAACAGGAGGGGAAGGAGGAUUCGAACCCCAGCUCCAUGGGCACUCCGUCCAUCUCAACGCCGGCAGUCACUCCGGCCCAGGACUUCCGCGUGGUCUGCGACAACAUGCUCCAAGGCCUGGGCCGCCACUUGCGCUGCCUCGGAGUGGACGUCCGGAUUUUGGAGAAUGCCGACGACCACCGGAAAGCGGCUGAGAUCGCCCGGCAAGAGGGGCGCGUCAUCUUAACCUCAGGGCUUCCCUACCAGACGCUGAGGUCCCAGGUGGGAGAGGGCCGCUGCUUCCGAGUGGACUGUGCCCAGAAGGCCAAGGAGCAGGCCUUGAAGGUGCUGGAGCACUUCCGGGUCCAGGUGACCCUCGCUGACAUCUUCAGCCGGUGCCAGGCCUGCAACUGUAACCGAUACCUGAAGGUCUCCAAGGAAACGAUGGCACACCUGGUGAAGGUGAGAGGUCACCCGACAGGUGAGGAAGGGGCUGCCCCGGAGAGCAGCCCCCCAUCCGCCAAAGACGCAGGCAGAGCCAUGGAGGGUCGUGGGGAAGGCCUCCUCCAAGCACCGGACUUGGGCCCUGGAGCGUGGGGUCCGCAACUGCCCAAUGGGGUCCCCCUACAGAUCGAGGCCCUUCCAGCUGGAGUGCUGACCCAGGAGGAGCUGUCCUGCUUCUACUGCUGCAAGUCCUGCGGGAAGGUCUUCUGGGAAGGGUCCCACUUCAGGAGGGCCGUCUCCCGGCUCAGGGGGUCCCUGGACCUCCCCGAAGGCGGAGGCAGCCUCUACGGGGCCUCAGUCUGACGUCGGAGGCAAAGAGAGAGCAGCUGUGGACACUUUGAGGGGCUUCCUCGCCCAGGAGCCAUGUGGAACCUGAUAAAGCUUGAGGAGGAGGAUGGAAAGAGACUGAAGGGGCAUUUUAGCGUGGGUUUUGGGGGACAAAUGUGAGAAUGGAUAACAUUUGGGGGAAGAGAGAGACAAAGAGUUCCUUUGGGGUGGGUUUCGGGGGGGGGGGUCUUCCUUGCCCAGGAUGCCUAUGUGAACUUAUAAAGCUUGUUAGAUGGCAAAGAGAGAGAUAUUGGUGGCAUUUUGGUGUGGGUUUCAAGAGACUUCCUGGCCCAGGAUUAACAUGGGAACUGAUAUGCUUCAGGAAGAAGAGAGAGAUUGAGGGUCAUUUUGGGGUGGGUUUUUGGGGGCAAAUAUGAGACCUGAUAACAUUUGGGUGCACUAAGAAACCGAGAGUUCCUUUGGGUUGAGUUUCGGGGGGUCUUCCUUGCCCAGGGUGCAUAUGGGAACUGAUAAACCUUGUUAGAGAGGUAUUGGGGUCAUUUUGGGGUGGGUUUUGGGGGGCUAAUGUGAGAACUGAUAACAUUUGGGUGCAGUGAGAGACCGAGAGUUCCUUUGGGAUGGGUUUUGGGGUCUUCCUUGCCCAGGGUGCAUAUGAGAAUGGAUAAAGUUUGAGGAGGAAGAAGGAGAGAGAGAUUGCAGGCAUAUUUGAAUGGUUUUUUGGGGGGAGCUUUCUUGCCCAGAAUGCAUAUGCAAACUGAUAAAGCUUGUUAGAUGGCAAAGACAGAGAUACUGGUGGCAUUUUGGGGUGGGUUUUGAGGGACUUCCUGGCCCAGGAUGAACAUGGGAACUGAUAAGCUUCAGGAAGAAGAGAGUGAUUGGGGGUCAUUUUGGGGUGGUUUUGGGGGGCUAAUGUGAGAACUGACAACAUUUGGGGCAAGAGAGAGACAGAGAGUUCCUUUAGGGUGGGUUUUGGGAUUUUUCUUGCCCAGGAUGCAUAUAGGAACUGUUAAAUCUUGUUAGAUGGCAAAGAGAGCAAUCGGAGCCAUUUUGGGUUGGGUUUCGAGGGGCUUCCUUGCCCAGGAUGCACAUGGGAACUGAUAAAGCUUCAGGAGGAAGAAGAAGAGAGCGUCUGAGGCUCAUUUUGGAGUGGAUUUUGGGGGAGGAAUGUGAGAACUAAUAACAUUUGGGGCAAAAGAGAGACAAACCCUUUGUGGUGGGUUUCGGGGGUCUUCCCUGUCUAGGAUAUAUAUGGGAACUGAUAAAGCUUCAGAGGGAAGAAAGAGAAGGAAUUUGGAGGCAUUUCUGGAUGUUUUGGGGGGGUCUUCAUUGUCCAGGAUACAUAGGGGAACUGAUAAAGCUCCAGAAGGAAGAAUGAGAAAGAAUGAGCGGGGUAGAUGUGGGGCAAAUGUGAGAAUGGAUAACAUUUGGGGGGAAGAGAGAGACUUGUUUAUUGUAUAACAACAUUGAAUGUUUGCCGUAUAUGUGUUCUGUAAUCCGCCCCAAGUCCCUUCAGGGAGAUAGAGCGGAAUAUAAAUAAAGUAUGUUAUUAUAU